GCGCGCCCAGGCGGCGCGACGUCAGUGCCCGGGGAUGUUACUCCGGCUGGUGGGGGCGGCGGGCAGUCGGGCCCUGGCCUGGCCUUUCUCCAAGCUGUGGCGAUGUGGCGGAUGUGCAGGAAGCGGCGGGACGGUCUGGAGCAGCGUGAGGGCCUGUGGCAUUGCUCUGCAGGGUCAUCUGGGGAGAUGCUCGCAGCAGCUGCCUCUGCAGGGAAGACUGACUCCAUUUUCCCCGAGGCUGUAUUCAAAACCUCCCAGAGGGUUUGAGAAGUUUUUUAAGAAUAAGAACAGAAAAAAUGCAAGCCCAGGAAAUUCAGUAUCUCCAAAAAAAGAACCAAAGAAUGCUGGCCCUGGAGGAGACGGAGGCAACAGAAGAGGGAAGGGAGGUGACUUUUCCUGGUGGAAACGGAUGCAAAAGGGAGAGUUUCCUGGGGACGACAAGGACUUCCGGAGUCUGGCUGUUUUAGGGGCCGGUGUGACUGCAGGAUUUUUAUAUUUCUAUUUUCGAGAUACUGGAAAAGAGAUCACCUGGAAACACUUUGUACAGUAUUACUUGGCCAGAGGUCUGGUGGAUCGGCUGGAGGUUGUGAACAAGCAAUUUGUGCGUGUUAUUCCUGUUCCUGGGACGACAUCUGAGAGGUUCGUGUGGUUUAACAUUGGUAGUGUUGACACCUUUGAGCGGAACCUCGAAUCUGCUCAGUGGGAGCUGGGCAUUGAGCCCACCAACCAGGCUGCAGUGGUCUACACUACUGAGAGCGAUGGCUCUCUUCUCAGAAGCCUCGUGCCCACUCUGGUCCUGGUUGGCAUCCUUCUCUAUGCUAUGCGGAGGGGUCCAAUGGGGGCUGGUCGCGGUGGGCGAGGAGGAGGCCUCUUCAGUGUUGGCGAGACAACAGCCAAGAUCUUAAAGAACAACAUCGACGUGCGGUUUGCAGAUGUGGCAGGCUGUGAAGAAGCCAAGCUGGAAAUUAUGGAGUUUGUGAAUUUCCUGAAGAACCCAAAACAGUAUCAGGACCUAGGAGCCAAAAUCCCAAAGGGAGCCAUGCUCACGGGUCCACCUGGUACUGGCAAAACACUUCUUGCAAAAGCAACUGCCGGGGAGGCCAACGUGCCCUUCAUCACUGUGAAUGGGUCAGAGUUCCUGGAAAUGUUUGUUGGUGUUGGGCCAGCACGGGUCCGUGACAUGUUUGCGAUGGCCCGAAAACACGCUCCUUGUAUUUUAUUCAUCGAUGAGAUUGAUGCCAUUGGCAGGAAGCGAGGCCGUGGCCAACUGGGGGGCCAGAGUGAGCAGGAGAACACAUUAAACCAGAUGCUCGUGGAGAUGGACGGGUUCAACUCUACCACUAAUGUGGUAGUGUUAGCCGGCACCAAUCGCCCUGAUAUCCUUGAUCCAGCUCUGACACGGCCUGGUCGGUUUGACCGCCAGAUCUACCUUGGUCCCCCUGAUAUCAAAGGCAGGUCCUCUAUUUUCAAGGUCCACUUGCGUCCACUCAAGCUGGAUGCAAGCCUCUCCAAGGACGCGCUUUCGAGGAAGCUGGCAGCUCUCACUCCAGGCUUCACUGGCGCUGAUAUUUCCAAUGUGUGCAAUGAAGCCGCUCUGAUUGCUGCCCGCCACCUCAGCCCUUCUGUCCAGGAGCGGCACUUUGAGCAAGCCAUUGAGAGGGUCAUUGGAGGCCUUGAGAAGAAGACCCAGGUCCUACAACGCAGUGAAAAGACAGCUGUAGCGUAUCACGAGGCUGGGCAUGCAGUGGUGGGCUGGUUCUUGGAGCAUGCAGACCCUCUGCUGAAGGUGUCCAUCAUACCUCGGGGCAAGGGGCUUGGCUAUGCCCAGUACCUUCCCCGUGAGCAGUACCUCUACACACGGGAGCAACUCUUCGACCGCAUGUGUAUGAUGCUGGGAGGCAGGGUGGCUGAGCAGCUGUUCUUUGGUCAGAUCACCACAGGGGCUCAGGACGACCUGAGGAAGGUCACUCAGAGUGCCUAUGCCCAGAUUGUGCAGUUUGGAAUGAGUGAGAAGCUGGGCCAGGUAUCCUUUGACUUCCCCAGACAAGGAGAAACCAUGGUGGAGAAGCCAUACAGUGAGGCUACUGCCCAGCUCAUUGAUGAAGAGGUCCGGUGCCUUGUCAGGUCCGCCUAUAAUCGGACCCUGGAGCUGCUCACACAGUGCCGGGAGCAGGUGGAGAAGGUUGGCAGGCGACUCCUGGAGAAGGAAGUGCUGGAGAAAGCCGACAUGAUAGAGCUCUUGGGCCCUCGGCCCUUUGCGGAGAAGUCCACCUAUGAGGAGUUUGUAGAGGGUACCGGCAGCCUAGAGGAAGACACAUCCCUUCCUGAGGGGCUGAAAGACUGGAAUCAGGGGCGGGAGGAAGGAGGCACUGAGCGGUGCUUGCAGGAGAGCCCUGCAUAGCCUGUGGCCACCGGUGGCGACUUGUGACCACUGUUGACUGGGAGCUGCUCAGCCUUUGCAGAGCGGCUGUCAGAGUAACUGAAAAACUAAUUAAAACAGGUGACAACUGCAAA